UCUUCUUCUCGAGCAGUUUUCCGGUAGAACGUUGACUCCCAGCGGGUCCGGUUCCUCCGGUUCCUCCCGUCCCAACAUGGCGGACCCGGACCACAUCGCCCGGUUGUGCUACGCUCGCCUGGAGUCGCUUCCCCGCAGAGGGAGGCCCGAGGCCGGCAGGGAGUGGAGCCUGCUGGCCGCGGUGCUCCAGACCGACGCAGUUAAGACCGAGGUCGUUUCCCUGGGAACUGGAACCAAAUGUAUUGGACAGUCACACAUGAGUCCUAAUGGCGACGUCCUGAACGACAGUCAUGCAGAAGUCAUCGCCAGGAGAGGAUGUAUCAGAUACCUCCUCCAGCAGCUGCACUCGGCUGUGAGCGGAGGCAGCAGCUCCGUGUUUUGUCCGUCUGAGGAGCCGGGGAAGUGGAGGCUCCGGCCGGGAGUUUCCUUCCUCUUCUUCACCAGUCACACUCCCUGUGGAGACGCUUCCAUCAUCCCCAUGACUGACAGCCCGUCUCAGCCCCGCCCCCCUGGCGCCUCUGAAAAGAGUCGUGAGGGGACGGGAGCAGGAGGAGAUUUGAAAAGGAAAUCUGAGGAUCCAAGUGAAGGGCCACACACCAAGCUGGCUCGUGUGGACAAUCAGGAGACGAGGACAGAGGACGGAGGAGACACAAAAACAUCUUUCCCCUCAAAGUCAUGUCAAAGUGAAGGUUUCUCUCAGACUCAAGCCACAGAAACACCAGAGGAAACCAGAGAAGAAGAGGCCAGUGCUACCAGAGGCCCCUGUGCCAGCACUGGACUAGGUGGGCGGGUCCCUGACGUCCACAGAACGGGGGCCAAGUGUGUCCCCGGGGGGGCAGCGGACCCCCUGCAGCCCGGGUCGGGGUACCACAGCACGGGGGAGCUGCGGGUGAAGCCGGGUCGAGGGGAACCGACUCUCUCCCUGUCCUGUACGGACAAGCUGUCCCGCUGGGCAGUGCUGGGCUUCCAGGGUGCUCUGCUGUCCCAUUACCUCCAGGGGGCGCUGUACUUCAGCACGCUGGUGGUGGGGAAGUGCCCGUACAGCAAAGAGGUCAUGAACAGAGCUCUGGUGACACGGUGUUCCCAUGUGACCGACCUCCCUGCUGGUUUCUCUGUGACUCCACCCGAGCUGCUCCAGUCCGGCCUGGAGUUCCGCUUCAGCCAGGCUCAGACGGAGCGGCAGCACCAGGCCACACAGGGACGCAUCUCCCCCUGUGGGGCAGCCAUCAGUUGGUGUAAUGUGAGUGAACAGCCACUAGAUGUCACUGCCAACGGCUACAAGCACGGAGUCACAAAGAAGGUGAUGGGCACCGCGAAAUCCAGGUCUCUUCUGUGUAAACUGGAGCUGUUCCGCUCAUUCCUGUCUCUGGUUUCAGCCACGGAGCCGUCAGCACGUCCCACAUCCCUCAGGAGCAGCGAGCUGAAGACCUACUGGGACUACAAGCAGGCGUCCAGCUCGUACCAGCAGGCCUGGCAGCAGCUGCUCCUCCAGGCGUUCCCUCUGUGGCCGCGCAGCGACAGGAAGCUGCUCCUCUUCCACUGAGAUCCCUCACACUCUGCUGCUCAGGUCCACGGAGCUCUGGCUCAACCUGAAUCCUCUUCAUCAUGUGACUCUUUCAAUUAAAUGACAAACUGCAUCUCCAGAGUGUUGAUUUCCUGACAGCUGGCGGGUCGGAGGUCGAGCUGUGGAUAAAUAUUGUUUGGUUUUGUUCGACACCCGGGAAGUCGCUGCUGGGCGCCGCGGUCACGCUGUUCUCAGAGGUCGAUGACCGAUGUUCUCUGUCCUCGGACGACUGAUUUGUUUUCAUU